AUGACGGCCGAAGAGCGAGAAGAUCAAAGUGACUCUAGUUUACCGGAUAUAGGAAAUGCAGAUGUAAUCAUACCAAAUGAUGAAAAAGCCGAAGCUCAGAAAAAGAAUCGGAAGAAACUAUUGUUAAAAGAAGCUAAGAAGGCACGGAACCGUGGAGUUUGUUAUAUGAGUAGGAUACCUCCUCAAAUGGACCCAGUAAAGCUACGCCAAGUUCUUUCUCAGUAUGGAGAAAUUGAUAGGAUUUACCUUGUGCCUGAAACAAAGCAGCUACCUCAGCAAGUAAAUCGCAAGAAAGCUGGUGAUUUUCGAGGUCAAGGGUUUUCAGAAGGAAAUGUGAAAUGGGGAACAAAUGGGUGGGAGGAAAAGUCAUCGUUCUUUUAUGACAUUUGGAAUAUCAAGUAUCUAAGUAAAUUUAAGUGGGAGGAUCUUACCGAAGAAAUCGCUUACAAGCAUGCUCUUAGGGAGCAGAAAUUAACUUUGGAGAUAUCUGCUGCCAAGAGGGAACGGAAUUUCUACACGGACAAGGUUGACAAGUCUAAAGGCCUGACUGUCAUACAAGAACGGGUGAAAGUUGUGCAGAAGCAGAAGGUCCAAGAACAAAGCUCAGAGAUAAAUUCGGAUCCCCAAGUGGAUCAGCAAGAACCAAAAGUAAUUCCACAAUUCCAACAGACAAGGCCAGUUAAAGAUGAUUCAGCCCAGACCAAACUUCGAAUGUCUAGAGAUGUCUUGGCCGGGGUAUUUGGUGGAAAAUGAUCACUACAAAACGGAAGGCCUCUAGGGGCGGUCAGAAAAACGUCCCAAGAACUUGAAAGCCGUCCCAAAAAGCUUUUAGGGACGUUUGUUGCUGCGUCCCCAGAUCCACCGUCACUAAUACUACUAGGGACGGAUUUGCCAUCUAGGGACGGUUCUGAAUGGCCGUCAGUAGUACUAUUAGGGACGACUUCAUCUUCUAGGGACGUAUCUUUUUGGCCGCCACUAAUACUUCUAAGGACGGCUCCAUCUUCUAGGGACGUUUCUUUUUGGCCGCCGCUAAUUCUUCUAAGGACGGCUCCAUCUUCUAGGGACGGUUUUUAAACCGCCAGAAAAACAAGAUUAAACUGGAACAAUGGGGACGGUUUAAAAACCGUCCCUAAUAUCUGAAUAUUGAAGCUUCGUUCCCCUGCUUUAAUUGGCAGAAUGCCAUCCCCUCAUAGGAUUAGAUGCCAUACAUCAUAAAACUAGAGACAACUAGAAUGCCAUACAUCCACAGAACAGAGACAAACUCAUAGAAGACUUUUUUUUGUAUGGAUACUCAAAAACCAAGUUAUUUGUUUACAAAAGAGACCCAACCAUUCUCAAAAAACAAGCAAAAGUUUAGAUGUUCAUGUAAUCUCUACAGUAAAUGGUGUCUCAUUUGUUAACUACAA